GUAGGCCGGCACUUGACAUGCUCAAUGUUGCUGCGCAGUUGGACGUAAUAAACAUGUACAUGACAUUAUGCAGGUGCGAUGUAACGAGAAUUUCGUUUGUCAAGUCGGGUGAAAACUGAAGGAACCGGUAAGCUUCUUGUCAACAAAUUCGCCCAAAUCUUACAUCAUCGGACCCUUCUAACGAUGUAAUCUUCUGGAACAGCAGACUCCCAAUUUUACGGCUUCCACCAUGAGCGGAGCAGCGGCGGCGUACAAGUCCGGUUACGAUGGGAAAAUCGCCGGCAUGUACGAUCUGGAAGAGACGCUGGGACGGGGUCACUUCGCCAUCGUUAAACUGGCCCGGCAUGUCUUCACCGGCCAAAAAGUCGCCGUCAAAGUCAUCGAUAAGAACAAACUGGAUGACGUCUCCCGGGCCCAUCUCUUCCAGGAGGUCCGGUGCAUGAAAUUAGUCCAACAUCCGAACGUGGUGCGCCUCUACGAAGUCAUUGAUACCCAAACAAAACUCUAUCUCAUUCUUGAACUUGGGGAUGGAGGGGACAUGUAUGAUUACAUAAUGCAGCAUGAAAAUGGCCUAAGUCAGGACCUAGCACGUAAUUACUUCUCUCAGAUAGUCAGUGCAAUCUCUUACUGCCACAAGUUGCAUGUUGUUCACCGCGACUUGAAGCCAGAGAACGUCAUAUUUUUCAAGAAACAGGGCGUUGUAAAGUUGACGGAUUUUGGUUUUAGUAAUCUGUACAUGCCCGGUGAGAAGCUGGAGACGUCAUGUGGAAGCUUAGCGUAUUCGGCACCAGAGAUCCUUCUCGGAGAUUCCUAUGAUGCUCCUGCAGUUGAUGUUUGGAGCCUCGGAGUUCUCCUCUACAUGUUGGUUUGUGGUGAGCCUCCAUUUAAUGAAACAAACGACAGCGAAACGUUAACGAUGAUCAUGGAUUGUAAAUACUACCUGCCGGACCACAUCUCCGAAGAGUGUAGAAAUCUCAUUUCCAGCAUGCUGCAGCGUGACCCUGAGAAGAGACUAACCUUAGAGCAGAUCUUCAACAGCUCCUGGCUGAAGCAGGGCGGGGAGGCCAAGCCCAUGGAGCCCCUCAUCACCAGGCACGACAUCACCAAGAGCGUGCACGACAGCAUCGUGGAGAGGAUGAUCAGCGGGAAUGUCGCCGAUAUGGCUACCAUCAUCAAGUCCUUAGAAAGCGACAGUUAUGACCACAUCACGGCCACCUACUUCCUGCUAGCUGAGCGUAAACUCAAGAAGCAAGUCGGCGCGGUUAGCGACCUGAAGGCCGAAGAUAACAGUCUAAGGAGGCAUUCCUCUGUCCAGCCACAGCUUGCUUCCUUGGCACUCUCCCCAAGAACUCCACUUCCCGACCACCCAACCAUGGACAAACCCAUCAAUAACAACAUAAGUCACCUCUGCUCGCCAGUCACCACCCAGCCCGUCUCCAAGCCCAUUAGCAUCCCCUUGCCCCCGCUAGCCGCCUCCCCGGCCCUGGCAGCCAUGGCGAGGUCCAACUCCGAAGAGGAGGUCUCGUGCAGUCCGCGACGGCACCGCAUGGAACGAGAACACCUGACCAUCCACCCACGGCAUGGGCGGAGCAUCGUCAAAGAGGGGCUGCAAUCGCUAGAAGAAGAAGAAUUUCAGCACAUUGCCGAUGAGGAACUGGAAUCUACCGAGGAGCCGAUGAUUUCGCCGUCUUCGUCGGCAGACGGAUCGUGGGGGAAGAAUCGUCGAUCGCAGGGGACUAACAACGCCAGGCCCAACAUUCAGAGCACGCGUCUCAACCCGACGGUUCUGAAUCAGAUUACCGAAGAAGAAGACGAGCAGGAGUCAGACGAUGAAAGGCCCAGUGGAGUGGACAGUCUCCUAGUAACCCGACAGAUCCGCCAUCGCAAGACCGUCCCGUCCAAGGACACGCCCCACCAGAUCAAGACCAGCACCAAGAUGGCCGCCCGCGGGGGCUACAGCUCCUCCGACGCCAGCGACGAUGACACUGACACGCGCCGACGCUCCGAGAAAUUCGACAUUCCUCCCAAAGGUCAGCGACGGGGAAGCAAAGACGGUCCGCCGAAUGGCGGCAGCAGUAGCGGCGCGGGCAGCAACAACGGCCCCGGAGGUGGCACAGGGGGUAAGUACACUGGAUCCAACAGCUCCGGAGGGGGUACCGGCGGUGACAGCAACGGCGGUAACCCGGGCAACAACGGUAACGCCUACGAGCGGAAGAAGAGCAACGAACUACGAGAGAGCCUCAAACAGAGCAACUUGAGCAUGAACUCGUCCAAUUCCUCUAGCUCUUACAGUAUCAGCAAGUUUGCCAUCGAUCCUAAUAACACCACCCCAAGUGAUUCCGACGACCCAAGUUCAGACGCGGUCAAAUCAUGGUCCAAAAAGGACAACUUAAGCCACUCGGACAGUAAUCUGUACAUUAUCCCCAAAGACUCGGACAAAAGUAACAUUCAGAACGGCUCGCCGGUGAAGAAGCAGCUGAAGCGAGACAGUUCCAACUUGGGCGGGAAGAACGGCCCGGACUUGAACAGCAACGCCGCCGCUACCAAACCGACUAAAGGCCGGAACAAAGAGAUCAGAAAGAAAAGGAAUCGUAUCGGAAGCAUUGAAGCCGACGAAUCCCCACUGAAACCGGGCGGCAAAUCAGACAGCAGUUGCUGCAGGCUGGUUUGACGGUGAUGAACAAGUUUGAAGGGGUCAGGCAAGAUGGCGGCCACUAAGCACCAAAUUCAUGGAUCUGCUAAGCGGGUACCAGCUGGGUACCAGUCACGAGCAAUAUACAUCACAUGACAUUUUGGCCCGUCACAGGUGAUUGCUAAGCAAACUUCUUUGUGAUAAGCAGUUUUAUGAAAUUAGCCCCUGCCAGCUCCAAUUACAUAAAGCUGCUAAGCAUAGAAACUUUAUGCUUAGCCAAAUCAGGUUACCAAUCAAAAUGCCAUGCGAUGUGUAUUGCACGUGACUGGUUCUCAGCUCAUUUCUGCUUAGCACAUUAAUUUGCUAAGCAAUUUUAUUAUCUGCUUACCAGCUCCUUGAAAUUGGGCUCACAUUGUACUUGAUUGGUUUCUGCUUUUGUAUUAUCUGUGUAGAUGAUGAAAUAUUUUAGUAAUAUUUUCCGCCCGUGUGACGUGAUUUUGUGGUGGUGUGAUGAUUUUUUUUUAAUGAAAAUUUGCCUGGCCCUUUCAAACUGUUUUUUAUUUUUAAUGAAUAUGUUACUUUAGGUUAUAGUUUCCUAGCCAAACCUAAUGACAAUAUUGAAGGCCGAGUAAAAGCGCCCUCUCUUGAGUUGUAAAAAAAUAACACUUUUUUGGUAGAAUUAUGGGGGGGGGAAGUAAAAUCCAUGUUUUGCUAGCUGUUACUCUCUGUCGGUAAAAAAAAAAGUCUUACAAACUGUCAUAUUGACAAAAUAAGACCCCAACGUACGGUAGUAUAGCUCAAGUUCUAUUAGUGAGCUCGAGUACAGUUUAAGAUCUCGGUUGUUUUUGUCCGAAUGAAAAUUGAUUAAAAUGUACAUUGGCCCGCAUUUUGUUCCAGAAUUCAAAAACGAAGACAACGUCACCAAUAACUUUAGUUAGUCAUAUUUCUUUGGUGAUAAAAUGUAUUUGGAUUGUCAUGAAUUGUGUGAAUUUAGAUUUAGGUAUAUAUGACCCUCGUAGUUGAAAAUGUAAUGACUACAAGGAUUGGGGGGGGGGGGGGGGGUAGGGAAGAAAUGGAGACGACACUCUUAAUUUGAGACAAACUUUUACCCCAGAUUCAGCUUUUUGAAUUUUGCUGCAUUCUUGUUAAUCUCAGUCCUCUUUUUGUAGACUGUAAGGAUUCACAUUCGCGAAAAUGUUAUCAUUUGCUCUUUGUGAAAAUUAACUUGUGUAAGAAAAAUAUCGACGUGGUUUGUAAAUAUACAUGUAAAGACAAAAUAACUAUAAAGAAAUUAGUCCAGAGACCCAAGCUGCUGGUUCAGAUUUGGGUCGGCAAAGAUACAGUUUCGAAAAAAAUUAAAUUAUUAAAAAUCAUGUUUUGUAAAAUGGGACCUCGGAUGAUACUUGCCACGUACGGUUGUGUGCGAAACCCACUCUUCCGUUUGUUGAGGUGUUAAGAAAAAGAUACUAUGUUUUUGUUUUCUGGGAACAGUAACAUCGUUUCUUUGGCCUCAAAGUAAUUGCCUAAAUCAGAUGGAAAAAUGACAGUCAGAAUGAAAUAAGUCAAGGUCGAGGUUUUGAACGUUAAACCAAAUAUAGGAAAUGAUGAAGUAAUGUGUCGUACGAACGGCCCAUUAUUCCUGAAACUGUUGACAAACGGUUUUCUUUUUAUAGCAAGACUAGGCGCCAGCUUCUUAAGACGCUCAGUAAUUCGGACCAGCCUUACUAAAAACCUGCAGAGUACCAGUCACUGGUCAUCUGCAUCAUGGGAUAUUUUGGCUGGUAUCCAGUUUCUGCUAAGCUAAUUCCUGUCCUAAACAAAAUUCUGUUCUUAGCAAGAUCUGCUGAUAUUUCUGUCAUAUGGGAGCAUUUCAGGACCAUUUUCCAUCAUGCUUAGACAAAACAGACAAAUAUAGCGUUGCCCAUAAUUGGACCAAAUAUAAAUCUGUGUCCAUUGUUUGGUUUCCACAUAGCGCCCCCGUAUGGUCACGCAUGGACCCUUUAACUCGAAACUAGCCUGGCUGCUCUUGUAUUUAAAUCAUUAUCCAAUCAUUGUAGUUUUUGUUUUUGUGGUUUAUCUUUUAAUUUAUUGUUUUACGUUUGAAGAUGUAAGAACUAAAAAAAAAAAAAAUACUAAAACUGAGCGCUUUCAAAAAUAUAUGAAUGUGCAUGAAGUAUUAAUUACUGGAAAAUGUGCACACACUCUGGGCUUUGUCAAGUGUAAUGUGCGUGCUUGUUAACAGAGUUGUUUUUAUGUGUGGUGUGUUUGUGUGUGUGGUAUUUUUUAAUUUAAGAGUUAUAACAAACUAAAUUCUAACGAAAAAUUCUGACUACGGGCACCUCGGUCUUGCUCGCACAACACACUGUAUAUAGUGUACAUGACUAUGUAUUGUAUAAUGGUGAGUUUGUGUUGUUUGAUUGGGGCAAAGCUGCCGUAGCGGGCUACGCAGUCGGGGAAUUUUUAAAAUUUGUUUUACUCUUGUGAACUGUAUCAUAGCUUCGUAUUGGGGAGACAAAAAAUAUAUAUAUACAAAUGUACCAUAGAUUGUUAGCUCUGUAUAUGUACAUUGAGUAUGUAAAUUAACGUGUGCAAAAAAAAAACUGUAUCAGAUGGGUUAGUAUGAAUAUUAUCGACAAAACAAAAAAAUUAAAAAGUAAAUUAUUAUUCUUAAUCACCAAAAAAUACGUUGACUGUUUUAUUGAUUGUUUAUAUGAACCGAAAGGUUUUAAGGCCGUAGAUUUUAGAAUUUGUAAUAAAUGAAAGAAAGAAAUAACACUACGUAAACGAGUGGUUUUAGAUUUAAGUAUUGAUUUAAGUAUUUGAUGAAUGUCUGUAAGAAUUAAUGAUUUUCAAGAAAGAAAAAAAAACAUUGGCAAGUUCGGGUCAUAUGGGUCCUUGUUAGUGGUCUGUCGUUACUGAAACACUCGACAGCGAUCUUGUAGUGUAAGUAGCAUAGAUUUGUUGCCAUGGUAAUACAUAAGUACAUAUAUUUUAUCUAAAUGGUCGCCGUCACCCUUGUUUAAGAUACGUCGGUCCAGUCGAACGCAGUUGUAAUUUUUACCCAAUCUUUUCAGACAAAGAAAGGAGUUCAUGUAACACCUUCUGUUGAGUCUUUAGGUUGUAAAAAUGUGUCCAAAACUUUGUCCAGCUAACAAAAUAAAGUACAUGUAGCAGCCCAUAAAAUAUUAAAGUCAAUUUUGCCAGUUUUGCUUUGAUAAUAAAAGAAAACUAAUAUAUUUAACUGUUGGGUAAAUAUCCUUUAAAAAAAUUGUUAAUAUACCUUUGGAAAAAGGAGGAAUCUCUUCAUUUUGGAAAUAGUAAGAUACCCGAUAGUUGCCAUCACUACUUCGUGAAGCAACAAAGGAAUACAUUUUAAUGGUUCUUAUAAGAAACAAAAUAGGAGUGACCACAUUUUGCGAAGUGUUUGGUCAUAUAUGCAAAGAUUUUAAUUGCUUUCCGGGAGAUUUUCCUGCAAUAGCAUUUCAGAAACAUAACUGUAAAUUAUCCUCGGUCAAAAGUGAGCCGUAUUCGUUUAGAAAUUGUGCUCAUUGUUCCCUCCUACUCUGAAGCGUCUGUAGUAGUUUGUCGUCCAAGACGGUCUUUUAUUAAAAACUGUGUCUUCCCACCGGC